AAUAUGAUAGAGGUCGCCACCGUAAAAUUCUGAAUGGCGGAAAAACUCGUUGUGUGAGGAUAGUACAGAAACGUUGGUCAAUUCAGUAAUAAGUAUAAAUAUAUAAACAAACAAUGACUAAAUCAAGAGGAGGACGAAUAGAACUGGGGGAUGUGACUCCUCACAACAUCAAACAGUUAAAAAGAUUAAAUCAAGUUGUUUUUCCUGUUAGUUAUAAUGACAAAUUCUAUAAAGAUGUUCUAGAAGCUGGUGAACUAGCAAAGUUAGCUUAUUAUAAUGACAUUGUAGUAGGAGCUGUUUGUUGUCGUAUAGAUACCUCAGAGAAUUCACGACGUUUAUAUAUUAUGACUUUAGGAUGCUUGGCACCGUAUCGACGCUUAGGAAUAGGUACAAAAAUGGUAGAACAUGUGUUAAACUUUGUUGAAAAAGAUGGCAACUUUGAUAGCAUAUUUUUGCAUGUACAGAUAAAUAAUGAAGGUGCCAUCGAAUUCUACAAAAAAUUUGGGUUUGAAAUUGUCGAAACAAAGCAGCAUUAUUAUAAGAGGAUAGAACCGGCCGAUGCGCAUGUUCUUCAGAAAACACUAAGAGGUUCCAGUCAACCAUUACCUGUAAAUAAUUCAUGGAGAUCUGAGUGAUUGUAAAAUUAAUAUCAAAAGGCAAUAAACAGUGACACAGGAAAGUUUUUACAAGUAACUUACCUUUUAAGGAACAAGAAUUUGAUUGUAAAACAUCCAGUUUGAUAAAAAAAAAAAAGAGGGAAA